AUUCUUUUUGUUUACAUUUCAAAAGACGUGAAAUUCAUCAAGUUUUCGCUCUUGUCGGCACACAUUUUCCCGUAAAAUGGACCCAAUCGAAGAUGUCAAGCCGGAAAAAGAGAACGAGGUCCUUCUCAACAUUCGACAGAAGAAUCGUGACGACCUGCACAACGUUCAGCACAACAAACGUUUAUCCGCCGUCGAUCGUCAACGUUGCGGCUUAACAGAAAUCGUCGCCAACAUCCAAGAACACGAACUUCUCACGGAAAAAGAUGUUGCUGGCUUGUCAUCUCGCAUCAAACGAAGAAAAUCUGCAACUCCAACCGACUUGAAACGUCUUUCUGCUGCUUUUUUACACGAUCCCGCGAACAUCGAGGCCUUUUCAAAAAUUCCCGGUGCCCUGAAUGUCGUUGUGAAGGAACUCAGUGGCAACGAAAUCGAAAAUCAAGUGUUGGCAGCUGAAGUUUUGUGCAAUUUGGCACUCGGAGAAGACGUUUGUUCGAAAAAAAUCGCACAAGCCGCUGGUUCGUACUUGAUUCUUUACUUGGAUUGUGUCUCGAAUAAAUUGUUGGUCGAAACUUCAUUGUGGGUCAUUCAGAAUUUGUUGUUGUCCGGCGAAAAAACAAGAAAAGUACUCAUCGCUCAAGGAUUACCGGAGAAAUUAGUGACGUUAAUGGAAACAAAAGACGAUGACUUACGAAAUUUAUCGGAAGAAACAUUCGCAAUGCUGGUCGUUGAGGCAUUCAAAGACUUGCCAGAGGAGUUUUUAUCGAAAAUUCUUCCAAUAUUAGUGAAAAUUUUGCAUCACAAUUCAUCUGGAGUGUUUUUUGCGGUUUACUCAACCUUAAUGGAGCUGAAUUUCGUAACGGAUUUUGGACUUCUCUCAUCAAUCGUGCAAUUUUCUACUGAAAUUCUCAUCCAAGACACUUCUUCCAACUGUUUAAUGGCUCUAAGAAUCAUCGCAAAUGCUUUGGAAGUCACAAAUGGAAACGAAAUCCUCGUAAAUUUGGUUUCUGAAACGAUUUCUCGUCAAAAUUCGUCUUUGGCGAACAUUGUAAAUAACAUAAUUUCAGUAGAUAGUGAAAAAUUGAGUCAAGAAUUGUUUUGGUUCCUGUCCGUUCUCAACAAAUAUUCGAAUUUAGACCUUUCACAGCUCAAAAUUCCCAUUAAAUAUUUAUGAAAUAAAAAAAUUCU